GUCAAACGGUGGUUAUGGAGAUAAACGCAGACAACUGCUGUAUUUGGAGCUCAGGUACGGGAUGCCUCAUAAGAUAGGCUUCACUGUGAUCAGCUGGUCUGGUCAUGAAGGAAACUACAGUGCCAAAAAGCUAAUGGUCCAUGCGCCCACCGUCAAUGGCUGGAGAUCCACCAGGUUCUGUACAUUCCCUCAGGAAAUCAUACUGCAGUUAGUUGAGAGAUGUCGCAUCAGGAAACUCCAGCUACUGGCCCAUCAGUACCUGAUCCCAUCCAAGAUCGAGUUCCACAUUGGAGAUAGAUUGCCAGAGUCCAGUUCACCCCAGCAGACUCAUAGUCUCCACAGAUUGGGGUAUGUGUCUCUCUCUGACAACGAGAAGACUGGUUUCAGAGCCAGAGAGCUGAAGUCUGUUCAUGUUGAUGCUGUUGGGUCUUACUUGAAGCUCACCUUUCACAGAAACCAUGUUAACCAGUACAACAUCUACAAUCAGGUGGCAUUGGUGGCCCUGAAUAUUUUGGGUGACCCUGUGGAUGGAAGUGAAUCUGGGACAACACUCAGCAGAGAUCAGCUGAUUGAUCAGUAUCUAAACAACAGCCAGCACAGCUCAGCUUUAGAUGGCACAUACACCGGGCUCUCAAGUUAUAAAUGUGACUCUAUCUCGCCGCUCGAUGACUUGGCGUUUGACAUGUAUCAGGACCCUGAGGUGGCCCAUAUUAUUCGACUGCUGGACCAGAAAAAACAGGACAUGGUUCGGGAGGAAAGAUUUGAUCUGGCUAAAAAACUCAAACAAGCUAUUGCAGACCUGCAAAAGGUGGGAGAGCGUUUGGGCCGGUAUGAUGUGGAGAAACACAGUGCCAUAGAACGAGAGGACUAUGACACAGCCAAGCAGAAAAAGGAACAAAUGGAAGCUUACAGACUCACAGUCUACCAGCAGCUGGAGCUCCAUGACCUUCUAGACAUCAGUCAGAUCCACAGAACGUCUGAGCUUUCCAUCUCUGAAUUUACGUCCCCACGGGUUGGGACACAGAAAGACACGCCUCAUCCAGCAGACUCACCCAGGAAGAGAAGACAGAGGCAACAUGUGAAGGAGAAAGAUGAGCAGGACACUUCAAAAGCAGCUAGCCCCAAACAUACAGUCGCCCUAACACCCCUUACUCCUCCUCAUGUCCCAAAGUUAGACAUCAGUUCCCUUCCUUAUGAUGAGAGGCCUUUACCUGCUCUAAGGAAGAGGUCGGGCGAUCAGCCAAUUAAUGAGCUUGAAGAGAUGCCCACUCUGACAGACACAGCCACUCCACGUAGCCCUGGGGCCCUGGGACAACCAGAACCGCUCACAGAGAAAGCUCAGAGGGAGGCCAGUCUGCCCAUUGACGUCUUUGGAGACAGUCUGGUGGCAGGGGCCUAUUCCAAGACGUGGUCCUACAGGGAGGAUGCUUUGCUGGCAGUCCACAAGAAACUGAUGGAGGUUCCACCUGGAACCCCAAAAGCAGAACUGCGGAGCAUGACGAAAGCAGCAGUGUUCCUCUGCAAGAAAGCUCUCACAGAUAAAGUGUCAUCUGUGUUUCUUGCAUCUCUCAAUCUGCUUCGAAUGAUUCUGAGUGAGUUUAUUCCCAAUCAUCAGCUGGGCAAAUCUGAGAUCAGUCACUGUGUGGAACAGACUUGGAAUAAUCUGCUCUCCAGGACCGGAGAAUCCACCCCAAGACUGAGAACACAAGCUGUUACCUUCAUACAGGAAAUGGCUUUAUUUAAGGAGGUGAGAGCUCUGCAGAUGGUUCCUGUGGAGCUUGUGAGGCCCAUGCAGAGCAGUGUACCCGCUAGACUAGCGCUGAGCAGACUGGAACUGCUGGAGAAGCUUCUAGAACAGCUGGGCACCAAGGACUCUGGCUUCACCCUCGACAACGUCAUGCGGUUUCUUGCAGGUGGAUUGGAGCACAGCGCUGCCUCAGUGCGGGAACUCUCUGUGAGAGUCGUCCAGGCUAUGUACCGUCUUCACGGAAAAGCAGUCUUGAAUUAUCUGCCACGUGAUGACACCAGCACACGUAGAAAUGUCCUCUACAAGAACCUUUUUGACUCACUCACCCAGUUAGAUGGAAACACCAUCAACACGCAGAAGCCAAAAAAAGGGGCAGAAAAGGAAGAUGGUGAGAAGGAAAAAGAGGAAAUCAGAAGCUUACAAGAACAGCUUGCAGUGCUGAAGGAAAUCAGUGAGAAGGGGAAGGAAAAUACCAAAGUACCUGAGAAAAAAGCUGAGAAGUCACCCAAAACAGCAGGUAUUAAGAAGGUUAACCAGUCUGUUCCUGCUGAUGCGAAAGGCAGCCAACCAUCUGCAGCUAACUUCUUAGACAAUCUGUGUAUUUUCUGUGGAGAAAGAGAUGAGUCAUUCACCGAGGACGGACUCGACCUGCACUACUGGAAACACUGCCCAAUGCUGCAGCGCUGCCUUCAGUGCAGACAGGUGGUGGAGAUUGCAAGCCUUACAGAGCACUUGCUGACUGAGUGUGAGCAGAGGGCAGAUUUCACCCAGUGUCCUCUCUGCUCUGAAGCUCUCACCCGAGACAAGCUAACUGAACACGCUCAAAGCGCUGCUUGCAAUCCACCGGCUUCUGGAGAAGAUUGUAAUCACUGUCCUCUCUGCCAUGAAAACUUUGCUUCGGGGGAGGAGGGCUGGAAGUCUCACCUCAUGGGAAUUGAGGGUUGUAAACAGAACUCACGGAGGAGAGCGGUACAGCAGAGCAGUCUCUCACAAGCACAAGGAAAGACAGUCAGCACAGCUAUAGCAAAGACAACUGCGCUCAUAUCCGAGUCCAAGGCUCGAGGGCUGGGCAGAGGCAGUCGUAUCCCCGCUCCUGCUUCCAGGAUCCACAGACGCACCCAAAUUCUUUCAGGCAAGGCCUCUACCAACCGACUACAACAGGCAUAGCACAAAGGCUGAAAUAAUCUCAUAUGAGUGAUUCUUAGCAAAAAAACAUGAAUAUACUUUAUAUCAGGUUUUAAAUAUUGCAUUAUUGGACUCUUGUUGCUGUACUGAUUUAGAUAAGACACAGCAUCAUUAUUCUGAUAUAAAAUGCUCCCAUAAAUGAAUGUAAAAUAUCUCAAAUGUGUCGAUGGCUUGUGAACAAAAAUACUUGAGCAGAUACACACUCUAUAUUUAGCUCUGUUUACCUUUUCAGGUGGAUCACCUGGAUUUUUUUGUAAUCUAUUUGAGAACUUUAUUCUUGUAUAUUGUUUUAUACUUGUUUGUGUGUGUGUGUGGUGUAUAUGAAUAUUUUGUGAUUGUAGCACUUUGAUUUUUAAUGGUUCAUUGGCACCAAAGCCAAAAGUGAAAAGUAGCCUUUGAGGGAAAAAAAAAGCAAAAAAAUUUUGUCCAGACAGAUUUGUAUCAUUGUAUCUAAUUCAGAUAAUUCAGUUCAGUUUCCUGCAGCACUUGCCUUGCAAAAUUUAGUGAGCAAACCAAAAAAAUGUUGUUUGUCUUGAAGAAGUCAAAGGCUAAUUCAAGUCGCAGAACUGCCUUGGUGCUUCUCAGAGAAUUCUUGGGUUCUUAUGUUGCCAAGACAUAAGGCCACUGCUGGGAGAAUAAAGAGCCAUAAGGCAAUGCUGUUAGACUAUUAUUUCAUAUGUUUGGUCUUUGCAUUUGCUUCAGUAUUAGAGAAACUCUUGGCCUUGUUUGUAGUGCGUUUUAGUCUAAUUUUUGUUUUAGUCUAGUGUGUGAUGUGUUAAAUCACAGCUGUUCUAUUGAUUGUGUUAGAAAGGUAAUGCUUUAGUCCAGUCGUGCUUAUAAAAUCAGAGACCGAAGAUAUGAAACAAGGCAGUCCGAGUGAUCCUGUGCCUGAAAAUAAGCCAUAAUGUCACUUUUUGAAGUAUUUGCAUAUAGUGAAGUUUGAGCACAAGUAUGCAGUCAGUUUUCCUAUAGUCAAGGGACUUUAGAGAGGGAGUUUUUAAAGGUACUAAUAGGCUUUAACAGUAUGUUAUACUGGAUUAAAACAAACCGGUUUAAAACACUUGCAGUGAUCCCAGCACAGAGGUGUUUCUUUUUAAGAAUGUCUUCUGGUGUCAUAGAUGACAUAAUGUAUUGUCUGUAGCUCCUACAACUCACUGCUGAGACACGCAUUAUAUAACUGACAUUAAUUAACCCCUGCCGACAUGAUGCCCUCGUGUGGCAUUACAGAGAUGUCUAAUAUGAUGAUAUGAAUGAGAUGUCACUUAUUUAUUUAAGUCAACCUAAUCAUUUUUUUUUU